UCGAUUCCCUGUCCUGCGGCACUCUCUCUUCACAGCGCAGCUUUCCACUUAGCAGAAUGCCUCAUGCAGCUCAGCAAGGAAGAGGAUCCACUGCAAUUUCCCAGAUACCCAUCAGCCUGAAUCUUGGAGCCAAAACACUCUUGUAUCUGCCUGGGUCACGAGAAACCUCCUGUGACCUGCAAGAGUGCAGUGGAGAACCCAGGCUCCCUCAAGGAGUCUGAGGGGUCAAGUUGCAGCUAAACAUUCAGCACAGAGAUAAGGACCGACUAAGACUUUACACAAGUUUAGCAACAGCCACAUGCAGAGUGCUGAACUCGACCAGCUGAAGAUGAGGAACUGUUACUCAUUUGACCUCUUAUGACCUCAGUUUCCUUCUGGUCUCUGUGAAAUGGAGAAGAAAAUAAUGGUGUUAUUUUCCACCUGCUGUGGGCUCAAAUCUGACUCUGCUCUUUAACGUUUGUGACCAUUGGGCAAGCCCCUCGUCUCGGAGCCUCUGGCCUUCCCACAGUGCUCUGAGCCACAAGUGAGGGGAUAGCAAUUAAAACAAUAUGUUCACAGCCCAUCUGUGAAACAUUCAAAGUGCUAAGCGGAGAUGGAUAACUUGAGCCAGAAACAUUAUUAAAAAGACCAUUUUUCUUCCACUGUUCAAGUGCCACCUUUGUCAUAAGUGUCUACAGGGUCUGUUGGUGUCUCUGCCUAGUCCCUGGAUCCUACUGAAAAACCAAUCCUGGUACAUCCUAUCUUCAGACUCCAGCAUGUCCCUGCCUGCUGUGGCCCUGGUUAAAAUCUACAGAAGGCAUGACUGAAGGGUCAGAGAACAUGAAUUCUGGAAGGCCCAGGGGGCAUUCCCCCUCAGGUUGGCUUUGUUGAUUUACCUGCUGUGGGGAGCUUAGUUAGGCCAGUGAUUCUGGGAUCUUCUACUCAUACCUGGUCCCUCAUGGCUCUAUCUCUUACCCUACCUCUGCCUUCAUAGAUAUCUGCCUUUACUCAACUGCUACAGAAAAUGACCAAGUACCUGGUGAGUUUGCAUGUUUCACUAUACACAGGUCCACUAGUGCAGGACUGUAAAAAUAGCCAUGCGAGCCGAAAUUGUACAAAGCAAUCUCUGUCGUCAAUGGUAUUUUCCCACUGGUGACAAUUGUUCUGUGACUUUAAAAAUGUUUUGUUGAAACAUUAAACACUUUCUUACUGUUGGUUAUACAUGUAUAGGGAAAUGAAAAAGAAUAAAACAAAUAUUUCUUACACUGUGUUAAAACAUUAGAAACCUUAAGAAUUAAAGUGUUUUCCUUGUUAAAAAAAAAAAGGAUCAAUCAACAGUAGUUUAAACAGUGCCUUCUUCUCAUUGUAUAACUUUCAAUACAGAGACAGCAUCAUUUCUGUGCCUUGGCAAAUUGAAUCAGCUUCCAAAAUAUUUGAUCCUUUGCACUUAGGACAGUCAGGUCUGAACUUGUAGUGGAUGCUCAGUAAAUGUUUGUGUAAUGACUUGAUAAAUGCAUGGCCUGAUGAAUAAGUAUAAAGUAUGUCAAAUAUAGUUUUAUAUUAGCCACAAAAUGGAACAUAAAACUAGACAAAUGAGCAUUGUGUGUAAUUUAGCAGAGCGCUAAAGAGGCAGAAUGAGAUCAACUUUUAGUGUAAUGUCACCCAAAAUAAAAUGGAGCUAAAUUUCAAUGCCUACCCAACUACCAUUUACAUAAUAAUAAACAUGCUUAGAAUAAGUUGCCAGGAAUGUUGGUUUUCUUUCCUUCCAUUUUACAUGAUACUAACCGCUUUAGUUGUAGAAGUAAUAUGUUGUUACAGGGACCAGUAUCCUUCAAGGAUGUGGCCGUGAAUUUCACCCAGGAGGAGUGGCAGUGUUUGGACUCUCCCCAGAGGGACUUAUACAAGGGCGUGAUGCUGGAGAACUACUUCAACCUCAUCUCAGUGGGAUACAAAAUCAACAAGCCAGCUGUGAUCCACAAGUUGGAACAAGGAGAAGAACCAUGGAUAAGAGAGAGAAAAAGCCCAAGGCGGAGGUCUCCAGUGGUCUCAAACCAAACCUGCAGUUAUCUCCAAGUAGAAGUCCAGCAAGUUGAUGGCCACAUGGAGAGGCACCAGGAGUGCCAAGAAACACUUUCAAGGCAUGUUGAAUGUGUUAAUCAGAGAACUGUGACUGAGGAAAAGGGUCACAAGUGUGAUGCACUUGAAAAUAUAGUUCAUCUGAGCACAGACUUUGUUUCUUCAAAACAACGAUUCCAAAAAUGUGACUCUAAUGGUAGGAAUUUGAGCUAUUUAGAUUUAUUCAGUGGCAACAGAAGAUCUGCAAAAAAGAAUGGAUGUGGUGAAUGUGGGAAAGCCUUCUUCCAGAAGUCAGACCUUGUUAUGCAUAACCGAAUUCACACAGGGGAAAAGCCUUUUGUAUGUACUGAAUGUGGGAAAGCCUUCAGCAAGAGAUCAAAUCUCAUUAUACAUCUGAGAGUCCAUACUCAAGAGAAACCCUAUGAGUGCACUGAAUGUAGAAAAGGUUUCUCCCAUAAGUCACACCUCAAUGAACAUCAGAGAAUUCACACUGGGGAGAAACCGUAUGAAUGUAAUGAAUGUGGGAAAGCCUUUUUCCAGAAAUCACACCUCAACAUUCAUCAGAGAACUCAUACUGGGGAAAAACCCUAUGCAUGUGAUGAAUGUGGGAGAGCCUUCCGUGUGAGGUCACACCUCUUUGUACAUCAGAGAAUACACACAGGAGAGAAGCCUUAUGUAUGUACUGAGUGUGACAGAGCUUUCACUGAAGUGUCAUGCCUUAUUAGACACCAGAAAAUCCAUACUGGUGAGAAACCUUAUGUAUGUAGUGAGUGUAAAAAAGCCUUUUCUGAAAAGUCUGACCUCGUUAUACAUCACAGAACUCAUACAGGGGAAAAACCCUAUAAAUGCAGUCAGUGUGGGAAAGCCUUCAGACAUAGCUCAGGUCUCUGUCGACAUAAGAGGAUUCAUAAAUGAAAAAUCGCUAAAAGAGAAAUUAAUGUGGAUAUACCUUAACUAGAAUUUGUAGUUAUAAAAAGCCUUCAAUAGAAGUAAAACCUUAUUAUGUAUCAAAAAACCUUACUAAGGAUAAAUCUAUUGAUUUAUUUAGAAAAAUAUGUAGCUAUGCUUCUAUGUAAACCAUAUUCCAGAUGUGAUUCCAAAGUAUUUCUAGAAGAUAUUACAGAAAUUAUACCUGCUUAUUAAAGGACAGAUGUUCACUGUGGACCACAAAGGCUUUAAAAAUAUUAAUAAGUAGGGUAGUCAGAACAAAAUUGGAAAACCAUAUGUGGAUAAUCAAUAAGUUCUGAAAGCAUUACUAUAAGUGCUAUUAUUACUGUAAGUCCUGGUUACACUACAUUAUGUUAUGCCCCAUAUAACAUAAGUCAUCUAUAUGCUGGAAUUGCAUAUGUGAAUCUAUCAUAAUUGUGAAUAUAAAAUAUAUAUAUAAUGUCAUCUACCAAGAUUUUCCACAUUAAAUCAUGCCAUUUUUCUCCUAUCUUCAGAAAAUAUGAAUUAUAAGCAAAACUACAGUGUUCUAUAAGAAUUCUAAAGUGUAAUAUAACAGUUUUUUUCCUGUUGCUUGCUGAUAUAUAUAAAAGACACCUGCUGCUUCUUGAUUAGUGAUAUAGUAUCUAAAGGUGUUAUUUACAUAAAAUAUAUAAACAUGAGAUAGCUGUCAUAUGAGACAAUGAGCAAAAGAAAAUAGUCAUGGCCUCUUAUAAGACUCACUAUAAUUUAAAAAGUAGUUAUAGGUGGGUAGAUUACCCCCUUCUUGCAUAUUGUUAUGGGCUGAAUUUUGCCUGCUCACCAGAUUUAUAUGUUGAAGUCCUAACCCCCAGUACCUCAGAAUGUGACUUUAUUUGGACAUAGAUCCUCUAAAGAAUAAGUUAAAAUGAAGCUGUUAGAAUGUGCCCUAAUCCGGCGGGGCGCGGUGGCUCACGCCUGUAAUCCUAGCUCUCUGGGAGGCCGAGGAGGGCGGAUUGCUCGA